AAAAAUUUUUUUCUAAAAAAUUAGUUUUCAAAGUCGCAAACCACUUCUACGACAAAAAAAUGUAUCGUAAAUUAACUAGUAUCGUCACCUAUUGCCUGGUAGAAGAACAACAGAUUUUGUUACUAAUGUAAGCAUUACAUUUAACGCUAUGUGGUAAUAAAGUUUACGAAACUUAAAAAGUUAAAUCGUUUAAAAUAUUACUGCCACCUACACUUCGGUUAAAAACUCCAAAAUUUCUUGAAGCUACACUGUUGAACAUUUAAAAUAACACUGUUUUAUAUUUUGACAUAUUAGCUAUUAAGAAAUUUUUUUUAUAAUUUUGUAAAAAUCAAAUCCAAGAAAAUGAGUAAACGGGUAAAUUUGUCAAAAAAACAAAAAAUUAAUUUGCUAAACGAUUUUAAAGACAAUUCUUUAAAACGAAAACAAUUAAGUAUUAAAUACAAAGUGGAUGUGUCAACAGUUUCUAAAAUAAUAAAAAGUGAGGAAAAAAUUCGAGAUCUGGCUCUGUCAACAAAUUUGAAAUCUAAACGGCAAAGAAAAGGGGAGCAUCCCAAUGUUGAAAAGGCUCUUGCUAUUUGGUUCAACGAUAUGCGUAGCCAAAAUGCUGUUAUAACAAGUUUAAUGAUCAUGAAUAAAGCCAAAGAAUUUGCCAUUCAAUUGGAUGAAGAGUUUGAACCAGAUUCUAGUUGGUUAUUUCGGUGGCGAAAACGCUCAAAUAUAAAAUUUGGCAAGAUUCAUGGAGAAUCGAAUGAAAAUGAUAAUUUGGCAGCUGCAGAUUUCCAAUCUCUUUUACCUGGUAUAUUAAAGGAAUAUUCACCUGAUUGCAUUUUUAAUGCCGAUUAAAGUGGUCUUUAUUAUAAAGCCUUACCCAACACUACAUAUUUUAAAAAAGGAGACCAGGCAAAAGGUUGGAAAUCACAAAAGUCUCGGCUAACACUCUUAUUUGUUUGCAAUUCAAUUGGCUCCUAUAAACAAGUGUUUUGUAUUGGUAAGCCGAAAAAGCCAAGGUGUUUUAAAAAUAAAAAUAUACCGAUAACAUAUUUUUCGAACAAAAACAGUUGGAUGACAACUGUCAUCUGGAAUGAGAUACUUUCCAUGAUAGACCAAGAAAUGGUAGCAAAUAACAAAAAAAUAUAUUAUUUAUUGAUAACGCGGCAUGUCAUAAAAUAACUACACAACUGGUGAACAUAAAAAUCCAUUUCCUACCUGCAAAUACCACUGCCCUAAUACAGCCAUUAGACCAAGGUAUUAUACAUGCCUUUAAAUAUCAAUAUAGGCAAAUUAUUGUUAAAAAGCAAUUAUGUGCGAUAGAAAAGGGUUUAACUGUUGCCGAGUAUCUUAAAACAAUUACAAUAUAUGACGCCUUAAUUUUUAUAAAACGGUGGUGGUUAAUUACGCCAGAGACAAUUGCCAAUUGUUUUAAAAAGGCUGGUUUUUAUAUAACAAAUGAAGCAACUAUCGAACAUUAUGAAUGUGGUGAUGAUGUUACCGAAAUCGAAAAUCUUUCUCCGGAAUAUUUACAUUGUGAUGAUAACUUAAUUUGCCAUGGAGCUAUAACCGAUGAAGAAAUUGUAGACUCAAUAAUCGCAGAAAAUAAUGCAAUAGAAACUGAUUUAGAUCCAAAUGAUGAAGUUUUUGUUGAAGAAAAACUAUUUUCUAUUAAAGAAAUUUUAAAUGCUGUAGAUAUUUUGCGACAUUUUUGCUUAGAGCAAGAUAUAGAUUCAAAUUUUUUAUUCGAAAAAAUAGAAGAUACAUCUGUCACCAACAUCCUCAAGCUGAAACAGGCUAAAAUUACUGAUUUUUUUAAAUAAUAUAAGCAAUAUUUUUUUAAUGUAAUGAAUUUAUGAAAAUAAUAUUUAUUUCUUUAAUAAACAUGAAUUUUUAUUUUUUUUAUAUUCACAAAAAAUGAAUAU